UACUUCCUUGUUUAUUUAUUUGCCUUCGGUCUUCAUCCAACACGGAUGUAUUUCCUCAAACAACUGAAUUUUGGUUUACAAGAAAGUCCAAUAAGUAAUUAUAAAUACAUUGCUAAAAUUACGGGAAUUGGUGUGACACCAUUACGUGAACGUUGAAAUGGAAUCAGACCUCUUCAGUUUGCUCGAGGAAAGACCAGGAGAAAAUUUUAAUUCAGAGUCUUCAACUAUAAAUUCUGGUGAGUUAAACCUUGGGGUAGACGACAACGCCGGAUACCAGAUGACGUCAAACGCAACAACAGAUCAGCCGUCAGGGUAUUCUCAAGAUUCAACUGUAGACAGCAGAAUUCAUAGAGGAGUGAGCAGACGGUAUUCAGGUCAUGACCUGAUGGAGAUUCGCCGUCAGAGGGAAAUAAAUAAGGCCAAAAAAGAAGCAGCCGCUUUGGACGAGAGUUUUAUUCUCGAAAAACUGGCUGACGUUGAACCAGUAGCAGUGACAUUCUACGAUAAAGCUACAGGAAUUACAUUCGAUGCUGCUGGUAAUGAAAUAUCCAGAAGUCAAUACGAAUUAGAUAACGUUGAGAAUCUGCAGGCCACUGAUCGGGUUCGGCUUAUCAAUACAAGAGAUACGAAAAACCCCUUGAUGAGAAACCCCUUGAGGGGAAACCCCUUGAGAGGAAAGCCCAAUGGAAGAAAAUCCUACAGAGAUUCACCUUUCAACACACACGAUGAUCGAAGAAGGCAUGAAGGUACAUCCCGCCAUCCACACGCUAAUCCAUGUAACAUCGGGUUGUAUCCAAUUGAUCAACAGGCUUAUCCUCACCUAUCCAUGAACCAAAAUCAAAAAGUUAAUCCAGAAAGUUAUCAAAGAAUGAGACAACCCGUGAAUGAAUUACUUUAUCAACCGAUGCAUCCACCAAUGAAUCCACAAACCAACCAACAGACCGCUGGGCAAUACCCACAGAACGCAACCACUCAACCCAACAACAGACAGAACGUGUGGUCGACCAACCAGCCACAACUAAUCAUCAUACAACAACCCCUUCCUCUAUCAACCCAACCCAGUUAUUACGGACAACCACUAGAUUCAGAUACACAACAGGAUGUUAUGCUCACCGAGUCGUAUGGCUGUUACAUAGCAAUCAGCAUCUUUACUCUCCUGUUCUGUUUCGUCCCCUUCGGCAUCAUCGGCUUACGUUUAUCAAUAAAUGCUUGUAUUUUGUACAGAGAAAGACAGUUUGUUGACGCCGAACGUAAUGCCAAAAAAGCUUGUGGCUUCAACGCCGCCGCUUUAGUGGUGGGCGUCAUCGUAUAUUGCUUUCUAUUAGUAUGGUACUUCAGGUUCAGAUAACCGACUUCGUGAGAAUUGUGAUCAAUGUGUACCUAGUUGCUUGUGUUUUGUUAAAAAAGAAAAUCCAGAUUGAAAAUGUCUGUAUCAUACGCAGGUUCGAACAUUAGUCAAUACUCGUAACAGCCUUCAUGGGACGGUGGCGUCGGAUUUUAGGGCAUACAUCUGCUAACCGAAAGUCUCGAGUUCGAUUCUCGGGUUCAAGUCCUUCUAAGUCUCAUAAUUCACCUAACUGGCUUACAAUGAAUAAUGUGUAGGCGGCUGGGCAUAGUGCUGACCACUCUAUCCCUUUAUAUGCCGAGGUCACUGAAAUAGGUGAACACUACUUCGCCUAUCUCAAGAUCGUCUUGUUUGAUAGGGUACUUUUUAAAAAUAAGUCUUUAUAACAACAAGGUUAUAAAAGCACUCUUUUGAUUAAGUGUGUUUUAUUUUCAUAAUUUAUAAUUAUGUAUUUAAAGCUUUUUAAUACACUUUUUUUUAUAGAUUUCUUUGUUUACUACUUCUUAAUACUUAUAAAAUUCAAAAUAUACAUUCUUAGCCGAUAUUUUAGUUUUUUUU